CUUUGCCCUUGCCUCUCGCCUCCAACUGCUCAGUUACAUCCCGUCAAGUCAUGGAUCUGGAUCCUUUUGGUACGGGCCCGGCUGGUCUCUUCGCCCAAUUAGCACAAGGAUUUGGUGGAGGAUAUGGCCUUCACAUUGCAAGACGACCAGCGCGUGCGUAUGAUGAGUAUUUCAAGGCGUACAGUGUGGCGAUGCUUCCAGGCAAGGCUCGAGAGAAUCUAAAUUACGGCGGCAAGAUUAUUAUGCCACAAUCUGCUCUCGCAAAUUUGACUGCGAUGGACCUCGAAUCGCCGUGGAUGUUCAAACUGCGCAACCCUUCGAAUCCUGCUGCGUCUACUCACGGAGGUGUUCUUGAGUUCAUCGCAGAAGAGGGUUGUGUGCAUUUACCUCAUUGGAUGAUGAAGACUCUGCGACUGGAGGAAGGAGAUCCAAUCCGGAUUACGGGCGCUGAGCUACCCAAGGGAAAGAUGGUCAAGCUGCAGGCACAAAGCGUGAUUUUUCUCGAGAUCUCUGAUCCCAAGGCAGUCUUGGAGCAGGCUCUUCGACAUUUCUCAUGUCUCACUCAGGGCGAUAUCAUCGAGAUUUCUUAUAAUUCAAUAGUCUUUGCGCUUCUAGUAAUGGAGACUCAACCGGGGGGAGAAGGCAUCAGUGUCCUUGAUACCGAUCUCGAGGUCGAUUUCGCAGCGCCUGUCGGUUACGUCGAGCCUGAGCGCCCGAAGCCCGCACCGCCCUCAACCAUGGCUUCCAAACUCAACAUUGACCUCAGUUCGCAAACGCCUGGCUCCUCUCGUCCUUCAUCCUCCCUUGGCGGCACAUUUGCUGGAACCAGUGCUCGUGCAACUACCGUCAGCAAGGGUGGCGACGUUUGGGAGAGCUUUAAAGGCAAGGGCGAAACACUGUCCGGUCGCAGGACAAAGGGCAAGGGCAUCAGUUAUCGGAAAGUGGAGGAAGCCCCGGCAGACAGCAAGAUCAUUCGGACUGAUAACCAUCGUAUUGUGACAUCAGAGACUCUGGAGUCAGAAGUGUCUGCACCUGCUCCAUUGAACUUGCCCUUUGGCAAGUUAUUCUUCGGAUUCAAUGUCCCGCCAUACACUCCACCGGAAUCCAAGUCUGGAGAUUCAGAUCAGCCACAUGCAUUUACUGGCUCAGGCAACACCCUAACCGGACGUUCACCGGGGUCGGUACAGCAGCAGUCGUCAAGUGCGAAGGGAAAAGAGAAGGAAAACACAUCUUCCAGCUCGUCGUGGGGUUCUGGCGGUCACACUCUUGGUUCGCGAUCAUCGGCCGCUCCCCCACGGUCAUCAUUGUCCUCAGCCUCUCGAGCGCUGGGUGUUGGAGGUGCAUCCGUACCUAUUCUGCCUCAACGGAAUAACUCUUCGCGGCAACGAAGUUUAUCGCCUGAAGACUGGGGAGUUGAUGACGAAGACGAUGUCAUUGAGAUUGACAGUGACUAAUGCAUUCAGCGGACAGUGACCAACGCAUUCAGUAGUAUUGCGAUGCGUCGAUUCGUGAGCGACGGGCUGUGGGCGUGUAUGUAGUUGUUGUUCGGUUUUCGACCAUUGUAACACCAUCACCGAGCCAUACAAGGACCUUCUUGGUAGACAUGUGGCAUCGUAUGAUUCAUGACGUGUGAUAGAUUUAAAUGCGUGCAAUUAAAUCCUCGG